CCCCACUCUCUGCAACUCUCCUGCCUUCAAAGCACGAACCUCUUUCUCUCUCUUCUGGUUCGUCUUGAACUGGUACUUAUGAAGAUUUAGGUUUAAAGAGAGAGAGAGAGAGAGAGAGAGAGAGGAGAUGGGGAGGGGAAGGGUGCAGUUGAGGAGGAUCGAGAACAAAAUAAAAAGGCAGGUGACUUUCUCGAAGAGGAGGUCGGGAUUGCUGAAGAAGGCGCACGAGAUCUCGGUGCUCUGUGACGCCGACGUCGCCCUCAUCGUCUUCUCAAACAAAGGGAAGCUCUACGAGUACUCCACUGAUUCCAGCAUGGAUAAAAUUCUUGAACGGUACGAGAGUUAUACUUAUGCAGAAAGAGCAAUAUUCUCUAGCGAGGCUGACCCCCAGGCGGAUUGGGGCCUUGCAUAUAGUAAACUGAAAACCAGAGUUGAGAGCUUGCAGAGGAGUCAGAGUUUCAGAAACUUAAUGGGGGAAGAGCUUGAUACCUUGAACAACAAAGAGCUCCAACAUCUAGAACAACAGCUUGAAAGUUCCUUGAAGAAUAUAAGGUCAAGAAAGACUGAUCUAAUGUUAAAUUCAAUCUCUGAGCUACAAAAUAAGGAGAAAAUGUUGAAGGAACAGAAGAAGAAUAUGGAGGAGAUUAUAGCUAAAGCGAAAGCCAAAGCUCUGGCACAGAAUGCAGCUUGGGAACAGCAAAAUCGGGCCCCAUAUAACUCCUCACCACACCAUGUCAUGAUUUCAGAUUCUAUCGCUACUCCCACCAGCAGAAAUUGCCAAACAAGAUACAAUGCAGAGGAAGCGACACAAGGCGAGUUAAGACUAGGCAAAGGUUUACUGCCUUCAUGGAUGCUCAGCGGAUAGCAUGGACUGAAAUCCAAUUUUAAAAAGCUUCGUAGUAUAUGAUCAUGUUUAAUUCUAAUUCCUCGUAUUAAGACCAAUAUUCCUAUUCCCUGUAUAUAUAAAUAAUAUAGUUUUGGCACAAUAUAAAGUUAAUUUUCUAGCAUGUAGAAGGCAAGGGCCUUUUUAUAUAUUUUUUAGGUUUGUUUGCAAUGAUUGAUUUUUUAUUUCUA